CUCACAGGGUGGCUCUACUUUUCAUUUGCACUCAAAUAAUUUUGCUGCCUCCUCUGCAGCUGCCAGACCUGUUCCUGCUGCUGCUCAGGGAGAGCGUCUGCAGAGUACCUUGCUGACCACUGAGAACAUCAUGAGCUCAAGCUAUUGGAGUGAGAUGAGCAGCAGCAGCUGUGGGACUCCACAACCCCCAGAGGUGCUGCAGUGCCAGCCCCAGCAUUACCACUGUUAUCAUCAGUCAAGCCAAACCCAGCACCCACCAGAAAAAAAUGUAGUGUAUGAGAGAGUGAGGACCUACAGUGGGCCCAUGAACAAAGUUGUUCAGGCGUUGGACCCCAUCAGCUCACAGGAAGUUCUCUCUCCUCUCAAAACUGCCUCCUCCUACCAAAAUUUGGUUUGGAGCAACCAUUCUCAGGAACUCCAUUCACCAACAGUGAAAGUCAGUGCAUAUCCACAGACUACUAUUAGGAGAUACAUAGUACAAAAUCCUGAACAGGAACCACUUUCUCCAUUCCUAAGAGGAGGCCAUUUCUUCCCAGGAAACAAUGUUAUUUAUGAAAAAACAAUAAGAAAAGUAGAGAAACUAAAUAUGGAUCAGGAAUACUAUCCACAGAUCCAAUGCCAUCAUCACAUUGUCCAAGAACCUCAGAUCAUCCACUCUCCACAUUGUCAUCAAUCCCAUUCUAGCCAACAAAUCCAAACCAUCACAGGAAGUGAUUCAAUUUCUACAAACACUGGAAAUGAACUGUGCCAUGGUAGAUCAAGCCAUAUACAUGAUCAGGUGAUAAUUCAAGAUGAUGGCUCUGAAAAGUUGGACCCCAAAUAUUUUGGAGAGUUACUUGCUGAUCUAAGCCGUAAAAAUACAGAUCUGUAUUAUUGUUUAUUAGAACAUUUGCAGAGAAUUGGAGGAAGCAAAGAGGACUUUGAGUCUACAGAUGAAUCAGAAGACAUUGAAUCCUUGAUUCCUAAAGGAUUGUCAGAGUUUACAAAACAACAAAUUCGUUAUAUUUUGCAGAUGAGGGGUAUGUCUGAUAAAUCACUCCGGCUAGUGCUGUCCACAUUCAGCAACUUACGGGAGGAGCUUGGACAUCUUCAAAAUGACUUGACAUCACUGGAAAAUGACAAGGUUAGACUUGAGAAAGAUGUGGCAUUCAAAGAAACUCAAAUAAAAGAGUAUGAAGAACUUUUAGCAUCAGUGAGAGCAAAUAACCACCAGCAACAGCAAGGACUUCAAGAUUCAACCUCAAAAUGCCAAGCAUUGGAAGAAAACAAUCUCUCUCUUCGACAUACACUAUCAGACAUGGAAUAUAGACUAAAAGAACUGGAAUACUGUAAGCGUAAUUUAGAACAAGAGAAUAAAAAUCUUAGAAUACAGGUUUCUGAGACUUGCACAGGCCCAAUGCUGCAGACAAAAAUGGAUGAGAUUGGGAACCAUUACAUGGAGAUGGUAAAAAACUUAAGAAUGGAGAAAGAUAGAGAGAUCUGCAAGCUAAGGACUCAAUUAAAUCAGUACCAAAAAGAUGUUUCAAGAAGAGAAGGAAGUUGCAGUGACUUCCAAUUCAAGCUUCAUGAACUGACAAGCUUGCUGGAAGAGAAGGAUUCCCUUAUAAAGCGUCAGUCAGAGGAACUCUCAAAGUUGAGACAAGAAAUAUUUUCAUCUUAUAACCAACCCUCCAGUGGUGGAAGGACUACUAUUACCACUAAAAAGUACAGGACACAAUAUCCAAUCCUAGGCCUCCUUUAUGAUGACUAUGAAUAUAUACCACCAGGUAGUGACACACAGACUAUUGUGAUUGAGAAAACAGAAGACAAAUGGACUUGUCCAUGAAUGGAUCCCCAACUCAAAGGAGCUUUUUGUGCAUCUACAUUAGUACUUUUCCAUACAUUUUCCGUAACUAAUGGUCAAUCAAAAUAUUGAACCAUGCAACUACCCAGUAAAUUUAAUGGAAUGAAUUAUUUCUGCAGAUAACAAUUUCUCCAGCCACUAAUGAGGCUUUUCUAUCACAUUUUUCAAUAGCAUUCAAUAGUAUUCAAUAGUAAAAUCUGCUUGUUUAAACAUCAAUUCCAGACACUGUAGAACAUAAUACACUGUUUUUUCAGUUAGGGUACUUCCUAGACACUGAACUAAUUUGUUGGGGUAGAGAUUUUACAAGUUAUUCCAUUACAAAUUUUAAAGUAAAUACUGCUUUUUAACCAAAAAGAAGGCAAAACUAUUGAAUUUUUUUUAAGUUAACUAUAUUGUAUAUACAGCAUGUUUGCUUUUCUCACAUUAAACUCUGUGACUAAUAGAGAUGCUCUAUUACAUGCUAUUUAUACCUUUUAGAGACAUAACUAAAUUGAAGGUGAUGGUUAAUUUCAUUUACCAGGGAAGUAGGAUAAUAUCUUUUAAAAUAACUAAAUCCACUAAAUUACACAUUAUACUACUGUGAUUCUAAGAACAUAUCAGUGGUUUGGCUUGGCAAAUCUGUUCUUUCAAAGCAUAUCAUCCUCAAAUGAGUCUAUCCAAUUCCUUAGAAAUAUGUAAUACUAUUUUGUAGGAGUGGGUAGAAGGAAGGCGGGCUUUUUAAUAGAAGUAUACAACAUGUAAUACUGAAUUGUUGCAUUAAGGCUUUGGGAAUAAAAAGAGCAAGAACAAAUACUUGA